AUGGGUACGCGUGGCUGCUGGCCAGCGCAGCAUACGGAUCCUUCUGAAGCCGUCGCCACUGGAACUGGUAGACAUAGGCCGCGCAUCACUGGUUUGUGGGAUCAGGAUGCCUUCGCUGAGUACAUUCGGAUUCACGGCUCUGACAGCUUCGUCUUGCUUCCCCAUGGGCAGCUUCAGUCCUUCGUUCGAGCAGGGCAUUCGCACUGGGUUCCUGGAGCUUUCGCCGCACACUUCACAGGUCUGAGCGAAGAGCUUCCGGAAAGAGGCAUGACUUUGCUACAUGGCUUUCUGAGCGCCCUGCCUUCCAAAUGA